AGACAGCCAAAGGUAAAGAAGAAAAAAUAAAGGGGGUUCGAUAUGACAAUAUUAUAAGCCGCAGGAAUAACAGUGAGAGGUGGCCUAGAACCGAUAUAAUCAUCGACACAUUAAAGACUACCCAAGCUCGGUAUAUGCUACAACCUACAAAG